AUGCGCGUUGCGGAGAAGUAUGGGCUCUACAAAUACAUUCGAUUCAACUCCACGGUUGAAGAGGCACGAUGGGAUGACAACGAAUCUAAGUGGAAAACCAGCGUGGUAGUCUCAGGAGAGAAGGACAGCGAAUUUUCCAACUCCUACAUCCUCAAGUCCGACUUUCUCAUUUCCGCCGUUGGCCAACUCAAUCUACCGCGUCAGCCGGAUAUUCCCGGUCUGGAAGAUUUCCAGGGCAGGAUGAUGCAUUCUGCUCGAUGGGAUUGGAGCUACGAUAUGACAGGAAAGCGAGUCGCAAUCAUUGGAAACGGAGCAACCGCCGCCCAGAUCGCCCCAGAAGUAGCUCAAAUUGCUUCCCAUAUGACAGUAUAUCAACGUACUCCGAACUGGGUUAUCCCCCGAAUGGACCGCCCAGUUCCUGCCUUCCAGAGAGCCCUAUUCAAAUACAUCCCACCAGUCCACUGGCGCAAACGCGCCCUCCAGAUGGACUUCCGCGAAGCCUUUCACGCAGUGAUCAGAGACGAAAACUCCGACUUUGCCCAAAUAAUCCGAGACAUGUGCACAGGGAGCAUGAAAGCCCAACUCGCUAGCAAGCCCGAGUUGUGGGAGAAAUUGACUCCGGACUACGCACCAGGAUGCAAGCGGAUUAUCAUCACCGAUGAUUACUAUCCUACUCUUGCGAGAGAUAAUGUAGAAUUGGAGACACGGCAGAUUACCCACAUUACCGAGACAGGUAUUGAAAUUGAGGGCUUCGAUGAGCAGGAGUAUGACGUUAUUAUUCUUGCUACUGGAUUUAGGACGGUGGAGUUUAUGCAUCCCAUUCAGAUUUUCGGUACCAAUGGGCGUCCUUUGCAGGAUAUUUGGAAGAACGGGGCUGUUGCGUACAAUGGGGUUACUGUUGAGGAUUUGCCGAAUUUUGGCAUGUUUUAUGGUCCCAAUACCAACCUUGGACAUAAUUCUAUCAUUCUCAUGAUCGAGGCGCAGUCUCGAUAUUUGAAUGGGAUGGUUAGUGAAGUGAUCCGAGCCCGUCAACAAUGCAAAACACUGUCUUUGAAACCAAAGUUGGCAGUGCUGAAGGACUUCAACGAGAAACUUCAAACUGCUCUGCGGAGUACCAGCUUCGCAGAUCCAAAUUGCAACAGUUGGUACAAGAGAGACGAUGGUGUCAUUACGAACAACUGGUCUGGGACUGUUGUUGACUACCAAAUUAAUUUGUCAAAGGUGCACUGGCAAGACUAUGAUGUUGAUGGCACCGGAAAGACAGAUGUUGAGGGCAAGGCUGCGACGAAACUUGGCCGUGUUCGUGAAGAGACUUUACUUAGUGAUAUGACAUUGUUGAUGGUAGGCACCGUGGGCGUGUUGUCAGCGGUUGGCUAUCUUGCAGCACGCUCAAAGCUGCUGAAGGCUCGUUGA